GCUUUUAUUAUAUAAACCAAGGUGCGGUGUGAGGGUUGUCCAUAUUGGAUAUCACUGUGAGGGUUGUCCGCAUGUUAUUAUGAACAACUCCCAAUUCCUCCCCUCUCCCGACUCCUUUGCGCUCUCAAAAAUGAACCCAUGUAGCUGGGAGUUAGAAGAAGCGCCACAAAUCCCCCACUUCCACCACCUUCUUCCACCUCAAAUCCAAUCUUCCUCGGUUCAGCAAACUGCCCACCACCUCCCGCCUCGCAUAUUACCCACCGCCACCAACACAUUGCCUUCUUCCCACUCCCUCUCUCCGUGCAAGGAGGACCCAAAUGAAAGAGGGGGCGACGGCAAGAGGAGAGCCUACAAGCCUGCAAAAGCAGGAGGAGGCCGCAAGAAGCUCAAAACCCAAGACCACCCUCAAGUUUCUCCACCACCAGGGUACAUCCACGUAAGAGCCAGGAGGGGUCAGGCCACAGACCGCCACAGCCUUGCAGAAAGGGUGAGAAGACAGAAAAUCAGCCAAAGGAUGAAGGUUCUGCAGACGCUUGUUCCAGGCUGCCACAAGGUAACUGGGAAGGCCCUUAUGCUCGACGAAAUUAUUAACUAUGUUCAGUCCCUGCAAAGUCAAAUUGAGCUUCUGUCCAUGGAGCUUGCUUCUGUUCACCCCAUCCGCUAUGACUUUGGAAUGGAUAAUCCAGAGGUAUUCAUCGGUACGCCAGUCACACAGGUAUUGAAUGGGAGUGGCAUGGUAUCACGUUCAGAGCAGGCAGAAUUGGCAUAUAAUAUGGCGUCAUGCAACACAUUUCAGGCCACAGGCGGUGGCGGUGGCGGUGGUGACAGCCCAAUCUUAACGGCUGAAAACGGCAGCUUUAUCCCAGUGGACAUGAAUCCAUCUCAACUUUUCCUGGAUUAUGGGAAUGCUUCUCUGCAUCAUCUGUCAUGAUUUACUAAUUUACUCACAAAACAGAAAGUGAAAGAGAUGAUAAUUAAAUUUGAGUGGAGAUGAGUGGGUGGUUCUAUGUUAACAGAACUCAUCUUCAUACUGGAUACAUCACAUUAAUUAUUGUGAAUAUGUGUAAGUCUUAUCCUUGGGUUGGAAGCCAAAUUUUGUGGCGCAGGGAAAAGUGUGUAUUGUGGGACUACCUUUUAUCUGUAAUCAAUCAUAUGGGUGGUUUUAACCAACAAUUUCUCCUCUA